AUUUUCUCUCUUUUUUAUUAUUUAACCCGACCCUUCAUCUGAAAUGGUAAAAAGAUUGAGUGAAAUUAACAGAACAGCAGUGUUCGCCUGGAGUCCAGGACAACAAGCUCCUCUUAUCGCGGCAGGUACAGCCGCUGGAGCAUUAGAUGAUUCAUUUUCAAACACGUCCGAACUCGAAUUGUUCAAGCUUGACUUGGCAAACUCAAACACCAUCGUACCUGCUGGUAAAAUUACUAGUGCUUCCAGAUUUAACAAGUUGGUCUGGGGUAACGCUUCUUCAACAAACCCCUAUGGUAUUAUUGCUGGUGGUUUAGAAAAUGGCGAUUUAACACUUUGGGAUCCCAGCAAAAUUCUUGAUGGAGAAACUGAUCAAGAGGCAAAGAUUUUGGAAAAUUCGACCCACACGGGUCAGAUUCGUGGACUCGAUUUCAAUAAGUUCCAGGGUAAUUUGUUGGCUUCUGCAGGAAGUAACAAUGAGGUUUACAUUUGGGAUCUUACCAAUCCUAAUACUCCUUAUAGUCCUGGUCCCAAGUCCUCAAAGUUAGACGAUGUGACAAGUGUUGGCUGGAAUGGUCAAGUACAACACAUUUUGGCUACUUCUUCAUCCACCGGUCACACCGUUGUUUGGGAUCUUCGUAACCGUAAAGAAGUCAUGACUCUCUCUGCUCCCAAUUCAUCUGGAAUGCAUGCUGGACGUAGAAGUAUUUCAUCUGUCGUAUGGCAUCCUGAUGUUGCAACUCAAUUAGUUACUGCUUCAGAAGAUGAUUCAAACCCCGUUGUCACCCUCUGGGAUCUUCGUCAUGCUCACUCUCCCGAAAAGAUUCUUGCAGGUCAUACCAAGGGUGUUUUGGGCGUUUCAUGGUGUCGCCAAGAUUCCGAUUUAUUAAUGUCUUGUGGUAAAGAUUGCAAGACCUUGAUUUGGAACCCUAAUUCGGGUGAAUUGAUGGGCGAAUUAGCUCAAGAUACCAACUGGACUUUCCAAACUGAAUGGUGUCCUCGUAACCCUGAUCUUUUAGCCUCAGCUUCAUUCGAUGGUAAGAUUAGUGUUUAUUCUCUCCAGAAUUCUGAAUCAGAGGAUACAAAGACCGUUGUCGAUACCACCAAUGACGAUCCAUUCUCUGCUGCAUUGAAUGCUGCUGCUCCCGCCUCUUCCGCAUUCGCUUUGAAACAACCUCCCAAAUGGCUUCGUUGCCCCGUGGGUGCUAGUUUUGGAUUCGGCGGUAAACUUGUCACUUUCAAUAACAAGGCUGGUCAAGCCGCUAUUCAGGCUGCUACCAGUUUGCCUCCCGGACAGGCACCUGCCCCUCAAACUGUACCCCGUGCUGUCACAAUUCAUUCCAUUGUAACCAAUCAAGAAACUGUCAAAAGAUCAGUUGAACUUGAAACCGCGUUGGAAUCUCAAAGCAUCGAACAACUCGUAGAGGAACGUGUCCAACAGGCCGAGCAAAACAACGAUAAGGACGAAAAGGAAAGUUGGGAAGUCAUCAAGACAUUGUUGGCUCCUGAUGCUAGAGAGCAAUUAAUGGACUAUCUUGGUUUCCAAAAAUCAGAAGUCAUUGCUGCUGUUGCUAAGGCUACUGCUGGUAAAAAUGGGUUGAAUCCUGUCGUAUCAGAAACUACUGAGACCGCUGUCUCAGAAACCGCCGCCUCUCCUGAAUCCACUGCCGAUGUUGAUGCUGCUGCACCUGAAACCACAGUCGAAGAACCUGUUGUAGAAGGACAAGAGGCUACGACUCAGGAAACUGUUGAUGCAGAAGUGGUUGCACCUAUUGAGAACGCCACAGAAGACAAACCCGAUGCAGUUGCUGCCACCGGAAGCUCGGACUCUGUUUCCGGUCUCUUUGGAGAGGGUGGCGACGAUUUCUUCAACCAAACAGGCAACAGUCAAGUUGCAACAGAAGAAAGCGCUGCUGCUCUUGGAUCCAUUCUCAGCCGCGAACCUAUUCAACUUUAUGCUCAAGGAAGCUCAGAGACCGACCGAUUAAUUACGCGUGCUGUUGUCUUGGGUGAUUUUAAUUCCGCUGUUGAUCUCUGUCUUUCCACUGACAAGCUUUCUGAUGCCUUGUUAUUUGCCAUUUGUGGUGGCGGUGAUCUUUUGAUUCGUACCCAACAGGCCUACUUCAAGCGUCAAUCUAAAUCUACAUCUUAUCUCCGUUUAUUGGAAAGUAUCAUUGACGAUGACUUGAGCUCUGUUGUAGCCAAUGUUGCUUUGGAUGAAUGGACUUCAGUCAUUGUUGUUUUGUGUACUUUUGCAAAGCCUGAAGAGUUCCGACCCCUUUGUGAAGCUUUAGGUGAGCGUUUAGAGGAAGGAUGGAGCAAGAGUGAUUCAGAGAAUGCCAAGGAGUUCAGACGCCAUGCCACACUCUGUUAUCUUGCCGCUGGUAACCUCGAGAAGGUUUCUCGAAUUUGGAUUGCCGAACAAGAAGAAGAGAUCCAAAACAGUGAAAAGGAGGAUGCUUAUGCUUCUAGUCUUCAACAUUUGAUUGAAAAGGUCACUAUCUUCCGUAAGGUCAUUAAUUACGAAGAUGCUGCACUCUUUGAGACUUCUGAACAAAAGAUGUCUUAUGAGUACCCUCUUUCCCCUCUUUAUGACAAGUACUGUGAAUAUGCUGAACUUUUGGCUGCUCAAGGAAAAUUAACCACCGCUUUGACUUAUUUGAGUUUGACCCCCGUGGUGUACCGUAAGGCUACUUUCGAUAAAUUGGCUGUCAUUCGUGAUCGUGUUUAUCGUGCAUGUCCCGCUUCUGUUGCAGGUCAGUUUGUUGAUCCCGCUGUUCCUUUCGAGAAAAAGCCUAUUGUUUCUAAGGCUGCCGCCUAUGCCGAAACCCAAGCUGCUGCUGUUGCUGCACCUGCUGCUCAAGCUACUACCGCUUAUAACGCUCAGCCCCAAACUCAACAAUAUCAAGCCAAUUACCAGACCUACCAGUCUACAACCACAACCACUACUCAAUCUUAUGCACCUAGCAGAUCCACCGCCAAUAAUUAUGCUCCUGUAACCAACGCAUAUACUCCCGCUGCUCCUGCUACCAACGCAUAUACUCCUAGUGCACCUACAAGCUAUGCUCCCACCGCAUCCAACAGCUAUGCUCCUACCAAUACUAGUAGUUACGCACCCACAAAUACCAGCAGCUAUGCACCCUCUAACACUAAUAGUUACACACCUGCCGCAGCCAGCAACUAUUCUCCUUCCGCACCUGUGGCUACUAAUUCUUAUGCACCCACAACUGCUACUGGAAACCCCACUAAUGCAUACCAACCUCAAGCCAGUGCAGCUGCACCUGCCCAAUCCACUUAUGGUUAUAACCAACCUACUAAUAGCUAUAACCAAGCCGGUUCUGGAUAUAACAACAAUUUCUCUGGUGGAUACACUGGUAACGAUCAAUACAACGGUUACAAUGCCGGUGCCACUGUGCCUGCACCCCCACCUGUCACCGGUGUUCCUCCCGCACCUAGAUCUAACGCACCACCCAAAAAGCCUGAGGGAGCCUGGAACGAUCCUCCCAUGAGUGCCGCCAAGAAAAUGAAGAGUCCUAUCAUGGCUAGUACUAAACGUGUAACAUCACCUUUCCCUAACCAACCUGCUGCUACAUCUUUUGUUUCUCAAAACGCUCAACAACAACAACCUAAUUUCCCUCCCCCACCUCAAUCCGGACCUCCCAUGAACCGUGGUCCUCCUCCCCAAGGACCUCCCAUGAAUCGUGGACCCCCACCUCCUCAAGCUGGUAUGAUGCAACAACGUCAGACAGGACCACCACCUAUGGGCGGCCAACCCCAUAUGGGACACCAGCCUCAUAUGGGUGGCCAACCUCAUAUGGCUCCUCCACCACCCAUGGGCAUGGUGCCACCUCCCCGCAACAACCCUCUUCCUCCCCCACCUAUGAACGCCACCCCACCUCCUCCAUUGUCUAAGCGAGGUCCUCCUCAUGGUCCUCCCCACGGUCCACCUCAAGGUCCACCUCAAGGACAAGCUUAUUCUCAGCGCAUGAAUUAAAAAAAUAAAAAAUAAAAUUCAUUAUGCAAGAUUAAAAGUAAA